AUGUGGAUUUUUAACUCAUUAAAUGAAAUCAGAUUAAUAUUAAAGACAAAUAGAAUGCUCAAUGAUGAAGUCGUGGUGGAAAUAGAUGAUCCCGAACCUUCCACGAGUAUUCCGAUACAUGCAACACCUCCACCGCUGGAUAUUGCCAGCCUUGAUAUAGUCUGUGAAGACGGGGUACUUAUAUCAAAGAAUUCGUCUACUUUUGAGGAAGAGGCUUUAAAUCGGUCUAUUCCAGCUUCAGAAAUGUUACCUUUGCCGCAAAUAAAAGAAAAACCAAAUCGCUCUAAAUCAAGAUCACAAAAAUCCGAAAUACUCUCUAGUACUCCAUUCAAGGAUGAACUUGAAGAACUUGCCGGUAUUAAGAAAGGAAAAGAAGAAAAAAAAAUGAAACAACAAAGAGAAAACUAG